GGCAAAGAGGAGGGGGAGGAGGCAGAGGGAGGGAGUGAACCUCUGUCACUCACUAUAACCACUGCCAUCAUAUUGGUCUGGGAGAGCUCCAAGUCGUUAAAUAGUGUGCUGCAGGAAGUUGAGCCAGAGGGACAGACAACGCGUGGCACUGAGAAUCAGGGGCUCUGCUAUCCUGUCAGCAAGUCCUCCAGCUGCUGACUGCAUCAGAUCAGGACCUCUCCACUGCGGUUCUAACAUAACCUGUUGCUGUCUGGAUUCUCCUUUCUUUGUUCUGCAUCUGACCUGAUUAUGGCCUCAUUCUGAAGAACGUAGUCACCAUGACAUACCUCACCCCAUCCCCCACCUUCUUCUGGCAUGAAGUUAAAGCCAGUUCUUGAUGGGCUUCCCAUAACUGUCAUGGCCUUCAUAAGACAAGAAGAAUAAGAACCAUGGAAAGCAAAAAGUCAAACACCACAGUGUCACCCCAUUCAGGUUUCAAGCCUUCUUAGGACUAUCUCACACCUGAAGCUUGAAUCAUAGUUUGGUCAUAAGAUGCUGCCUCCAGGGUCUCAUCAUUAUAAGAACUGAGAGCUAUUAGGGACCUUGAAUCUUAUCUCAUCCAAACUCAUUUUACUGAUGAAGAAACAGACCUGGAAAUAGGCAAUGACUUACCCAAGGUCAUGCAGGUCAUGCAGGAAGUAGAGCUGACAUUUUUACCUAAAUCCUCUGUUUUUGGACCCAAUGUUUUCUCCACCCCACUACACUGCCUCUCAUUUAUUCAUCCAGGAAGUCCCCAUUAGCACUGCCUAGUUAGGAUCCAUAGCUCCAUCUCUUAAUUUAAUUAAGAAAGGAGAUCUAAUGAAUCAUUAAAACAUCAAUGGGCAUGGAUAUUUAAAUAGAAAAAUAGCCAGGAGAGAUCAUCUAUUAGGGAACCCAGAAAUUUUGCUGGGUUGUGGUCUUGAGAAUCAGAGUUCCCAAGAUGGCUGCUGCCAGCCAAGUCUCAAUUUGGCGCCAAGCUUUGACCGGCCUAGUGCUCAUACUCCUAAUCCUCAUCACAGUCUUGGGUAACGUGGUAGUAUGCCUGGCCGUGGGGUUGAACCGAAAGCUCCGGAGCCUCACCAACUGCUUCAUUGUGUCCUUGGCCAUCACUGACCUCCUCUUGGGCCUCCUCGUGCUGCCAUUCUCAGCUGCUUGUGAGCUGGGCCAGACAUGUGAUUUUGCAAAGCCCCUUUGCAAGGUUUACACCAGCCUCGAUGUAAUGCUCUGCACCGCAUCCAUUCUCAACCUCUUCAUGAUCAGCCUGGACCGAUACUAUGCCAUCACAGCCCCACUGCGCUACACCAUGGUGGUGACACCCAAACGUGUGGCCAUUGCACUUAUCUUAAUCUGGAUGAUCUCCAUCACCUUCUCCUUCCUGCCCAUCCACUUAGAGUGGAACACUCAAAACAUCACUAAUUCAAACUUGUCCAAUAAGUGCAAACUGCAAGUCAAUAAGGCCUAUGGCUUGGUGGAUGGGUUGAUCACAUUCUACAUCCCACUGCUAGUGAUGUGUGCCACCUACUAUCGCAUUUUCAAAAUUGCACGUGAACAGGCCAAGAGAAUUAACCAUAGCUACUACAACAAGGCUGUUACCAUUCGAGAGCACAAAGCCACUGUUACACUGGCAGUCGUGAUGGGGGCCUUCAUCAUUUGCUGGUUCCCCUACUUCACAGUGUUUGUUUACCGAGGAAUAUGGGGAGACAUCAAUGAGACCUUUGAAACUAUCGUACUGUGGCUUGGCUAUGUCAACUCAGCUCUGAACCCCAUCUUGUAUGCUGCUCUGAAUCGGGACUUCCGCACAGCAUACCAGUGCCUCUUCUGCUGCAGGGGCACUGCUGUCACUUCCAGGGGAUCCUCCCUGUCUCCUAUCACCUCCCGAAAAUCCCAAAACAAAUCCCACCAAGUGACACUAGGACUUCAGGAAGAGACAUCUCUGAGAUGCCCAGUACAGAAUGGAAAUGAAGCCCCAUUCCCCCAGGAACCAGAUAAUUACGGAACUUCAAGUUUGGCUGGCCAGAGGAAGCCUUUUCUGGCCUAUACCUCCAACUCUAGAAACGUCCUCACCUGCUGGAAAAAUGUGUGGAGCUUGAAGUUCUUCUCCCAAAGGCAAAGGGAGGAAUCUGUUGGAGGACUUUCCGACAUACUGAGGACACCACCACCCCAGAUCACUCAGGACAUUACCUCUCAGACCACCGAGGACACCACUCACCAAGCUAUCUUGGAAACCUUCCCAUGCCAAUGAGGGCAGCAUUCCCAGGACCAGCCAGGUCACAAAAGACACCAUCCCCCAAGUCCUUAAGGCCAUUUCUCCACUCUCAAAUCACUGGAUACAUUAUCCCCGCUCUGGAUUGUUGACUUAUAAUCUGACCGGGGAACAUUCAAAACAAGUUCAUAUCCCAGGCUGGGAGGACAAUGAUUCAGGAGUUUUAAAACUGUGAAGUCCAGGAAUGUGAAUCUAGAUUCCUGGAUGUCAGAAAGCUGUUUACAAGACUCCCCUUAUAGUGAAGUAAGUCUCCAAACAUAAGUGUGUGCACACAUAUGCACAUGUGACCCCUGACUAGGACAGAGAAAGAACUCAUUAAAAAGCCUGUCAGUCAUUUGGGAGAUUGUGAACCUCGGAGAAAGCAAAAAAAGAGGAAAUAGUGCUUUAAUCUUCAUCCAACCAGGAUUAGAGCUUCAGAGGCAUAUGUGGGCCCCUGAAAUGCCUUCCCUUUCCCAUUCCUAUCAUAUCCACUUAUCCUCCCCACUGAAAUCUGCAGCCCACCUCACUUCACAUCCAGUCACAGCAUAGAGGAAGGAAUCUACACUUCCUCUUAUCUCACCUAUGCUGCAGAGGAAACCUUAUAACAGUUCUACCAAGAAGGCAGAAAGGGCCUCAAAGGAGCUUGGGGUCCUGAAAUACACACACACACACACACACACACACACACACACACACACACACACACACUGAGCAUUGUAAAUCCAGAGAUAUCCAACAGAUUGACCACAGCCUCAGGGAGGAGUCUGAUAGGAGGGUAAGAGGGAUGAAAGAUAAAGGAUAUGAAGUGGGGAAUGUGAGAAAGGGGGAAGGGAAAGGAAUAAGCAUUUAUGUGGCAUGUAUCGUGUGCCAGGAACUAUGCUAAGCAUUUUACCUCUGGAUAACUAAAGUAGCAGAGUUAGAAGUGGGGGAUGAAGGGAACACAAGAAGGAAGGUACAAGGUGGAGCAUUAGGGGGAUCCCAGUUCAGGAAUUUGAAGGGUCUGAGAUAUGAGACUAAGGGGAUUGGGGAUGGGGGAGUAAAGUAGAGUAAGAGUUGUGACUGAAGGUGAUUUGAGAUGGGGGGAGGGAACGUAGUGGGAAAGAGAGAUAGAGAAUCAAGGGAAUGUAAAGUGAGAUAUAAAGAGAAUAGAUGAGAGGUGGUAGAUUGGGGAACCUGGAGGGUAGGGAAUGGGCUAAGGGCAUGGAGCUAAGGCAGGGAGCACUACCCAAGCCUCUGUUAUCUCCUAAAGUGAUUAGCUUAGAUCUUUCCUGAAUUUUUAACUUCUGGGAGAGGAAAAAUUCCUCCUUCCUCCAGAAAAACAUACAUACCACCACCACCACUACCAACAACAACAAGUUUUCACAUUUGCUGAAUUUUAUGAGAUAAUUCCUCUAAAAUAAAAGGGAAAGGCAAGGGAGGCCCUGACAGAAAAUGAUUUUAUAAGGAGACGCCCCACAGGAAGUGUGGAUGCAGUUUCCACUGUUGAAAGCCAAGGACCAAGCAAGCUGCCCAUGAAAUGGGCCAUGCGCUCAAAAAUCCUCCUUUACCUCCUCUCUCCUGGUGCCUCUGACUUUCCUCACCUAUCCAACUGGCAGAGCUAAUGAAACUUUGGAGAAAAGGCAUCUUUUUAAAAAUGGAAAACUUGCCUGGUGAGAACAGAAAAGCCUCUAAAAUAGGGCAGGUUGGGGGCAAUCAAGAAAGCAGGACAGCUUUGAGAAGACCACUGACCCAGGGACACAGACCUUGGCUAGGAUGCUGCAACCAACUUGACAUGUGACAGAUUUCUAUCUGCCCUUCCCUGAGCCCCAGCCCCCACAUCUGUAAAAGACAGGGAAGGGUGGAGAGACAUGUUGAACUAGGGAUUCUACAGUCUCUUCCCUUCUCCAGGCCUCAGUUUCCUCCUCUUUAAAAUAAAGGGAGUUGGACUCCAUCAAGAGCCCUCUCAGCACUAGCUUUCCAUGGAAUAAUCAGGCAGCCAACAGAGAUGCAGAAGGACUACCAGGCCAGAGAUUCCAAAGACAACAACAAAAGAUCCUGGAGAACACCUCCAGGAAACCUGACACUAAUGACCUUCCCCCUCAGACCUCACAGAGCACUUCUCUGAUGCAUGUAUUCUUGUGUAUCCUAUCCAUCUGUGUUGGUAAUUCAUCCCCUCACUACCAGUUCCUUGAGAGCUAGAACCACAUCUUUCAUAAAUUUUGAAUCUUCUCCAGCAACAAACACAGGACUCUGCACAUUGUAGGUGCUUAAUAAAUGUUUGUUGAAUGAAUAUUAUUGAAAUCUAUCAAGGAUCAGUGUCACUUAGAUCUUUGAGCUUAAGAUGACAGAAAAAAAUUCAUUUUUUUUCAUCUAUUACUAAAAGAGGCUCCUAGGCACCAAUUAUCUUUUAGAGCAAGCACAUGAGAGGUUGUAAGCAAAGGUGCCUCUAACAGUGAACUGAUUAGACAAAGUAAAAAGCUUUAAAAAGUGAUUGAGGAAUGAAUGAAUGAAUGAAUGGUCCAGAUCUGAAGCCCUAAAAGCCUGAAAGUAGCUGAGGUAGGUAAAAUACAGCUUUGGAUGCCAAAUUGUUUUUGUUUUUUUUUAAGUGAGGCAAUUGGGGUUAAGUGACUUGCCCAGGGUCACACAGCUAGUAAGUGUUAAGUGUCUGAGGCCAGAUUUGAACUCAGGUACUCCUGAAUCCAGGGCCGGUGCUUUAUCCACUGUGCCACCUAGCUGCCCCAAUGCCAAAUUGUUUUGCAAACCAGAUAGACACCAUUAGAAAGAUGAGAAGCAAAGCAUGAGAAAUGAAACCAAUGAUUAAAAUGUGAGCUUAAAUUGAGAAAGAAGGUGCCAACAUGAACUUGUGUUUGUGCUUCUUUGAAAUCAUGUUCCUUGUAUUUCGAUGUUUAGCCACCUUGUAUCACGAGUAAUUAACUAAUUUAUGUUGUUAUUUUAAUAAAGAGUUUAUUUUUGUAGAAAAAGCAUGCAGGGCAUGAAAAUAUGCAUUCUGUAUUUUUUCUUGGCUAUUUUUGCCUAGAGGAUCAUUGAAUCUUUGAGCUGAAAGGCAUUUUGGGGGAUAUCUAGUCCAGUUCUUACAUUAAUCCUGAAUCCUGUCUAUAUCACCAUCAAGUGUUCGCACAGUCUCUACUUGAAUUCUUCAAGUGACACAAAGCUCACUCUGUCACUACCAUUCCAUUGCUGGACAACUCUGAUUGUUACACAGUCCUUCCUUGUAUGAAGCUGAAAUCUACAGCCCAGGAAUUGUUCCUGGUUCUAUCCUCUGACCAACCUGAACUGAUCCUUCUUCCACAAAGCAACCCUUCAGACAUUUGAAGACCAUUGUCACAUCCUCCUUAAAGUUUCCUCUGCUCCAGAAUAAAUAUCCUCACUUCCUCCAGCUGAUCCUCACUUGGUUUGAUUUCCAGUGCACUCAUUACUCUGGUCAUUCUUCUGUGGAUAGGUCCCAAUUUGUCAACAUCCUUCCUAAAAUGUGGCACCUCAGCCUGGAAAUAUGUUAUCUAAUGAAAGCAAUGGACAGCAGAACUAUAAUCUCCUUUCCUCUGGAUGCUAGGUUUCUGUUAAUGCAGCUUAAGAUGACACUAUCCACAGACAGAGAUACCUCUGGGGCCACUGGAAAGCUAGAAGAUGAAACAUUAGCUAUUCUUGUUGUCGCCUUGCGAAUCAUCUCAAACCAAAUUAACACCUAGCUAAAACAGAAAUACCACAAACGCCAAACCUUACUCAGAAACAAACUGCCUAAGUCUUUGACUCUGCCUAGAGGUUAUCCUGCCCAUUUAAACUGUAGCCUACACACCCAUCCCAUUUCCUUCCAAAAACCUGGUCGGGGGAGUGGUGCGAGUAAGGACGGACCUGGGCAUACUUCUAACAGCCCUCAUUACAGGUCCUAUAGAAGAUUAUCAUUCACCCAUACCACAUCCUAGGCCCAGCCCUGCCCCGUCACUCCUCACCACAUAACUGAGAGAUAAAGCAAAGGGAAAAGGACUUUCUGAAACUG